AUGGAUCUGAGGCAAACGAAGCAAACCAGCCCUCCAAACCGCAACCAGAUCAAGGGCACCCCCCAAAGUGCAAAGGACCCCAGACCGUAUGUGCCGGGGGAAGCUGCACCCCGCUGCGAGGACGAACAGCAUAAAGCCGUGCCGGGAAGCUCCCCGCCGCCAGGGAGCGAUAACGAGGGAGAACUAGGCCAACAGUCCCCCAGCCCAGCCAGAGGCAUCCCGCCCCAGGGUGCAGCAGAGCCAGCAGCCGCCGAGGCCCGAUGCAGCAAGGAAAAUAAAGUCAUCAGUGAUCCCAACCUGAAACCGGGAAGCACAGACGUGUUGGUCAGGUCUCCCUUGCCUGAUGAGGCCCUGAUGGGUGAUGCUGCCUCCAGUCCCAAGCUGACGACUCACUGCUCAGAUAUCCACGAAGUCCGUCGUUGCAACCGGCUGGAGAUGCCUGACAACUUAAACACAUUUGUUUUAAAGGUUAAUCGAGGUAGUCUGAUAUUUGAGACAGACAACGACCAGCAGGUCAGCUCCUGGACCACAGAGCUAAAAGAAUGUAUCACCAACAGGUCAGACAGUGUGGGUCUGGAGCCCCUCCCCUCCCCGGUUGACAGCUCUGCUCCAGCCAAUCACAGAGGGAGCGCAGAGUUAGGAAGUCAAAGCCCCGUCACCUUUGCCCCGCCAGAGCAGGGUGUCCAGAAGACUGAUCAUUUCCUGUUCUCCUACCCCUGGUUCCACGGGCCCAUCUCCCGCGUCAAGGCAGCCUACCUGGUUCAGAGCUCUGGACCAGAGGGACACGGCGUGUUUCUGGUCCGACAGAGCGAGACGCGCAGAGGUGACUACGUCCUCACGUUUAACUACCAGGGAAAAGCAAAGCACCUGCGUCUCUCUCUCACAGAAUGGGGUCAGUGCAGGGUACAGCACCUGCGCUUCCCCUCUGUUAUGGACAUGCUCAGUCACUUCCGCCUCUUCCCCAUCCCGCUAGAGUGCGGCGCUGCCGGUGCCGUCACGCUGUCCAGCUUCGUAGUGGCGGGCUCCAGCCCUCCAUCACAGGGUCAGCUCUCAGGCGCUCUUCUCGUCCCUUUCUCCCUCCAUCGGUGGAGUUCUGAGCCCAGCCUGGCUCACUGCAGCCUGGCUCGCAGCUCCACUCAGCCCCCUUCCUCCUGCUCCACCAGCGCCAGCACCACUUCCAGUCCCAGUUCUGUUUCCCAACCGGGAAAUCGCCCAUUCACUCGCACCAACCGCGUCCCUGACCCUCCUCCGCCAGCUCCCUCUCCUCUGCGUCGGAGUGAAUCGGUGGGGAGGAGACCCCUGCUCCGCCACCCCAACCCGCACAUCCCUCAACGGGACUCAGACUAUGAGCUAGAGCCCGAGCGGGGCCGCAAGCGGGCGAUAGACAACCAGUACGUGUUGCUCUGACCCACUGAGACAAGCACCUUCAUCACCUCUGACAGACUGCAGUCACACAUGAUCACACACACGUCACGUAUUUUAUUACCACCCCACCUACAAACAUGUGGUGGGUGUGUGAGAGGCACCUCACAACCUCCACCCCGAGUGUCCGCAGUGAAUGUAUUUUUGUGAGUUUUAUAACAGUGUUGACCAUGAUGAUUAUUCUCAUUUUAUUGAUGUUGAGGUUCUGUGCGAGAGAGGGAGAGCCACGUGUGUAGCUGUCCUCAAGCCCAGGCAAAAAAAAAGUAAAUGUUUAAAUGCUUUUAUACUUGUGAAUAUAUAGAGGUGCACUUGAUUUAACUUCAUUGGCACUUAGACUGAACUGAUGGGGAAGGCACUGCCUGUGAAAUUGAUUAAAUCAAGUGCUUCUGUAAAAUAUUUAAAAGACAUUUUCUUUUUCACACACAAGAGAUUUUGUGUGAAGCGCCUUUUUAUACACACACCAACGAAGAAGCACUCUAUUUAAGCGUGUCUGUACACUCUAUUAGGUAGUCCUCCUCUUGUGCUUUGUUAUAUAUUUAAGUGCACGAUGCUUUCAGUGCACUUUGGAAACAAUGUGUAUUUUUUCUAUACACAGAUUAUUUUGUAGAAAAACAAAAAGAUUAACUGAAAAGGGGAAAAUGUGGUUAAAGUCAGUGUUACUAGAAACUGAUCCUCUUCCCCCUUCAAACCUUCGCUGAAGCAAAUACAGAAAACCACAGAAAUGAUUGUAGAUCAGCUUUCUUCAUCGGCACUGUCUGUACCUGAACAUGUUUGUGGUGUGUGUCUGUGUGUCAGAUGAUUGAAAGUCCUUCAGCAUGACUGUGCUGAUCUCAGUCUGGUACAGUAUUCACCCCCAGAGACUUUGUGUCCCAAAUCUCACUGCUAGGAUUUUUCUAAAAGGGUCUUUGUAGUGUCACAUGUUACAUUUCAAGCACCAAAGGCGCUAUGUGCACAAAAUUCACUUUUGAAUGAGCACAAAGUGUUUCGUGGUCUCAUAGAAAUAACUUUUGACAUAAAAUCAAAGAAAAUGGAAUGAUGUAAUAACAAUAUUAUAAUUUAUAUAUCUUUGCCACCCUGCAGCCUUGAACAAUGGUUUAGAAAAUGGAUGGAUAUUGUUACCAUAUUAAUUUGUAAUUAAUUAAUUUUCUGAUGCAAAAGGUAUUCUGUGCCACUACAAUCAUGUUUAAAAAGCAUAACUCUGCCCCAUGUGGACAAUAUCACACUUUCCACAAAGCACUUGGUGAUAAGAUAUGAAUUAUGCUAUAACAAGUCAUUUGCAUUGAUUUUUGUGGCGUAAAAAGGUAUUCUGUUUCACCAAAGUGAGACAUAAAACAGAAAUGGAAACAUAGACUUGAAAGGCUUCACUCCAAAGAUCGUGAGAGGGGGGGGGAAACUUCACGUACACAAGGUAUUUGACAAAGCUUCGUCUCGUCCUUGCACUCGUGUGCGGAUUCUCAACAAAAGUGAGAGCCAAAGCCCUGAAAAAACUUCAAUCCAGUUUUGUCAUGGUUUGAUCAUCUGUCAUUAAACCUUUAAUGGUCUCUUAAAAGUAGACCAUGAUAUGAUGCAACUCCUGAAAGUGCCUCUGUAGAUAUUAACAUUUAUUUUCUGAACAACUUCUUCAGGCAGAUAUUGAUUCUGGGAGUAGCAUCGCGUCUCCAGCUCAUAAUGUUAAUUGUUUUUCUCAGUAUUUUCUUAAAUUUAUGACCAAUUAAUAAUUUGAGGUGCCUUCUGAGUUUGUCAUCACACCUAAAAGCAGUUUUGACACACACCAAAGAUGAAAUGUCCAAUUUUCUGUAAUUUUGUUUCAAUAACUGAAGCUUCACUUCAUUAGCAGUGGGAUGCCUGUGGGGAAACGGUGUGCUACAACAUGUCUGUUUGUCUUCUUACCUUGCUUUAACACUAACUUUAGCAUUUGAUUAAGAUUUACUUUCAGUAAACUUAUGCUUAAUGCAUGUUUUAAAUCUGAAGCUGUCUGUCUCUCUGCCCUCUUUAUCGUUGUAGUUUCCUGUUUUUUAUUAAGAGACCUGCACAAGUGCAAGUUAAUUUCCUCAUGAACAUGACUAGUGUAAGUCUGCUGUGAUUACUCCUCUUGUUCUGCAAUAAGUUGGCUUUGUCUAUCAAAGGAAUGUUUUUACAAUGGUUGCGUAGUUGUCUUUAAUGUAUCAUCUUGAUAAAGACUGACAUCUUUAAAAAUGUGUUUAUAAGGGGAACAAAAACAAGGACGUUUUUGGCAAAAGUA